GCGUUAAGUUCCUGGAAAGGCAGCAUGGAUUCUUUCCAUUAGCCAACAACGCCCUUCUAGUUGAAGCUGUAGAGUGAGUAGUUUUUGUACUCAUAAAAUAAGCUAAAAAAUGGUGGAAAAAGUGGAUAUAAAAAAUCGGUCUGGAAAGAUGUCAGCAGCACCGACUCCCCAGAAUACACCUUCAAGCGCAAACAAUACUACAUUCGGGGUAAAGGAACCUCAAUUUAAAACUAUUGACGAGGGCGAUGAAGACUUAGGAGCUAUUGACGGUAGGUUGGAUUCUUUACGCCAUCGUACUGCGCAACGAGUCUCUGAAUUGCCCACACCCGUUCAAAAAAGAAUUUCAAGUUUAAAAGGUUUACAAAAGGAAUACUCCUCGUUGGAGCUCCAAUUUCAACGAGAGUUGUUUGAAUUAGAAAAGACAUUUGCUAAAAAAUAUGGCCCUCUUUUUGAAAGACGACGUGAGCUUGUUCACGGUGAAAAGGAGCCAUCCGAGGAAGAAAUAAAGAAGGGAGUCCCUGAAGGUGAAGACAUUUCUAAGGUCCUAGAAGAAAAGGGUCAAAAUGAUCAACGAAUGAAGGGUAUACCCGAAUUUUGGUUGACUGCAAUGAAAAAUGUGUUAUCUCUCUCUGAGAUGAUAACGCCUGAAGACGAGAAGGCAUUAAGACAUCUCAUUGAUGUUCGUCUUGUUUACAUGGAAAAGCCUGGUUUCCAAGUACAGUUCGAAUUUGAGGAAAAUCCGUUUUUUACAAAUAAGGUAUUGACGAAGAGUUAUUAUUACUUGGAAGAGACUGGUGCUUCCAAUGUGUUUAUGUACGGCAGCGCCAAGGGAGACGAAAUUCAAUGGCAUCCCAAUGCAGACUUAACCGUCCGAACUGUAGUAAAGAAACAACGUAAUAAGAACACCAAGCAAACUCGUACUGUCAAAGUUUCCGAACCUCGGGAUAGUUUCUUUAACUUCUUUAACCCUCCUCAGAUGGAGGAUGAUGAUGAAGAAAAUCCAGAGUUGGAUGAACUCUUGGAACUUGAUUACCAAAUUGGUGAAGAUUUUAAGGAAAAGCUCAUUCCUCGAGCGGUCGAUUGGUUUACAGGUGAAGCCUUGGAGGAUUAUGAUGAGUUCGGUGACCUUGAUGUUGAAGAUGACGAUGAAGAUGCCGAGUCUUCUUCCAAUGAAAACUUUUCCGAUUCAGAUGAUGAUAGUUCCGAGAACGAGGAUGAAGAUCGAACUGCCCACUCUAAGCAGAACCCUGCUGAGUGUCGUCAGCAGUAAAAAGCUUUGCAUGCGAAUCAUCCAACUUGUCUAAUCUUUUGUUUUAUAAUAAAUGUGCCAUGUGAACAUUAUGGAAAGCUAAAUAUUUUGUCUGUAAGAUUUUACAGAAUUAUAUGUUAACAGAAUUUAAAUUUUGGUCAGCGCAAACGCCUUUCUGGGGCAAAGUCAGCAGCCAUUUGCAAGCAGUGUUGAAGAACAUCUUCUUAUAUGGAGCUGCUAUAAAUGUUUGAAUGAUAUUUACGUUACUGAAUUAGAUACAGUUUGUUGUGAAUGUUGCAGUGUGGCGAACGUAUUUGUUAGGCUUAAGGGAAAUAUAUUACUCAUCUGUCAAUCAAGAUUCUGUUUGUAUCGCUGGAUGUAUUAACAAAAAAAACCAAAUGUUGGCUGGUACUGCAAGUGUAAUCUCAAGAUAUGCUGAGUAUUUUUUGAGUAAGUUACGAACGGGACUCAAUGACUUUUUUUACUGAUUUGUUGUAUGUAAAUAAAGGUAUGAACGAGUUGAUAAAUCUUGUAUAUGGUGGUUCUACAGGCAUUCAGUGAAAAUGUACUUGAACGUCCUUAGCUUAGCGUACUGAGGAAUUCUUCAUGAUUUGAAACCGUCAGCAAUGUAUCUCGUUUCUAUACGUUUAAUAGUUGAUAAAAGAAAGAAAGAAAAAUAAAUAAAAAAUAAAAAGGUAUUGGUUAG